CACGUGUGUGCGGUUGUUUUUGGUUUAACUUUUAGUUUUAGCGAUUUUCGACGGUGAAUAGGGGAAUAUAAUAAAAAGUACAAAGUCAGAAUGGCCAUUCAACCCAACCGGCGGAAGAGGAAGCACCACGAGGCGGAGGCAGGGCAGCAGGAUGAAGGCGAAGUGGAGGUGCCCAAAAAACUGGCCAAGGAGUCCGACACGCCAAAGAAAGCGAAAAAAAAGAAUAAACCUGAGGGAUUAUUAGAUGAAACCGCGCCGGAAACAAAUGGAACAGAGUCUGCAGACACCACUCCGUCAAAGAAGAAGGUAAAACAUCCGAAAACAACAGAGGAAAAUGAGGAGCAACAGGUGGGAGUGGAGGAGACCGAAUCUGUCUCCAAGAAGCACAAGAAACGGAAGGAUGUCCAGCAGGAUGAGGAUGAGAUAAGUCCGGACUCCGGCAUUGAGCCGGAAGAAACCAGCAUUCGCUUUCCCAACGACUUUAAGAUGAUGCAUUUCCGCACUAAGCUGCGCAGCAAUAAUUUUAUUACAGAACUGAGACACUUCCUGCACAUGUGCGCCACCACCAGACCCAAACUGCCGGCCAAGUACAUUGAGAAGCGCGGCAAACCCUUGGAACUGGCCGAGGCCUUCGAAAGGAUCGACAAGAGCAACAUUCUUCAUGUGGACUACCUCACAGAGGCACUGCAGCGGGUUGCGAUGGAAAUACUCACCAACCAGAAAAACCACAUGGAAUCGGCGGUUCAUGGCUGUCGCUAUUUCCUCAAGGUUCACGGCGGAGUGCUCGAAAAUCUGCUGCAAUCCUCGCGACCAAGUCAUCGGCGCAACGCCCUUAAACUGCUUACCGCCAUCGUAUGCGUGGAACCCCAGUUGGGACGCCAGGUUCUAAACUCCUACGACGUGCUCUCCAACGUCACUGUGAUGCAGCAAAUGCUGUCACAUGCGAAGAAUGAUUACCAAAACGAGGACACAGUGCGCAAGGCGUAUAUACACUUUAUUCUGGCCUUCUUGGUCGAUAGCAAUACGCUGCUCAUCAGGAAUAUCCUGGACCGGGGACAACUGAUUGGCGUGCUGGCCAAGGGAUUGGUCUACGAUGACCAUGUAACCGUAUGCGUGGUGGUGAACGCACUAAGGCAAUAUGUGCUGGAGAACCCAGAGAUACAAAAGACUAAGAAGGUGCUGGUGUUCGACUUGGAGUGCUGCAAAAGCCUCCGCCGGCUCUACGACUGGGAGGGACCCAACGGCCUUCCCCUGCUGUUUGAGAAAAGUAAGAAGCAGGUGAAGCAGAUGAGACAGCCACCGAACCCAAAGGAAGCUGAAGCCGUCUCGGCCGCAGUUCACGAACUGCUACUGGUCCUCUUGACCUCUCGCAAGCACGGUGUCUGCUUCGAUGCCAUGACCCACUAUCGCCAGAAACAGAACAAACUGCAGGGCAGGGUGCUCGGUUCCCUUUACAAGCCCUACGAUAAUCCCCGCAAAACCGAUUUGGUCAUCCAAACACUGACAGCUUGUCCGGAUUUGGGGCGCAACACCGUAAGGAAUUUCUCAUGCCUGCUCAGUCCGGCCAGGACAAAGAUGGAGGAUUUGCCCAAGGCAUUGAUUUUCCUGGCACAAAUCAUUGAUGCAGUUCCUCCGAGUGCUCUGUCAACAGCUUUCGAUAAGAUGACUUUAACCGAUUUCGGAUUUUGGAUCAAGGAGCUGUGUCUGCCCAUUGAAGCUUUGUUACACAUCACUGGUAAGAAGUACCUCACCCAUAUCGACUUCCGUUUGCGAGUGGCUGUGCUUCACCUUCUUCAUUCCAUGAUGAAACAGUACAGCCACUAUGUGCACGCCAUUGCUGUCCGCGAGCAGUCGAAAAAGGCCGGCAACUCGCUGCGUAAAUUCAAGUUCGACUUGCUAAACCACCUACUGGUCCACUUUCCCACGAUCGAGUCCAUUCUGUACUCUCUGUAUCUGUCCAUCAAACAGCAGACCGCAGAGGGAGUGAACGUGCUGGAGUGUUUAACGGUCACUUUGGACCUGGUGCUGCUAAUGUGCAAGGAGAAUCGAGCUUUUGUGAACAAGACGAGUCAAAUUCUGGACUAUUUGGAAGUACUGCGACCUCUUUAUCAGACCGAUUUUGACGAACUAAAUAGACCGGAGGAACGCUUAAAGAUUCAACUAGAGUUGAAGUCGAUUAAAACCAUCCUUCUGCUCUUUCCGCGGUCCUUAAACCCUCAAGGAGAUCUUUUUGGCAAGGUAUUUCAAUCGUUCGUAAAGGCCUACAUGUUGGAUGAUGUGUCCAUCAAGUCAGAGGCUGGAAACAUAUUGAACCGCCUGUUCCACAACACAGGCUUGUUUGAUUCCUGCGGGCAUGAGAUCAACAUUUGGCUUGAGGCUCUCAUCGGAUUUGAUGCGGAAACUGUGACCAACGUGGUGGAAAUCCUGCUGACAAUACUCAGCUUGGAUUGGAGGAACAUAGAGCUUCCGAAACUAAGUAUUGCGGAAACGGCCGUUAACACCAAAAACCUGAGCAAACUCUUCGCUCAAAUCGAGCAGGGCCAAACGGUGCAGGCCUACGUGGAAACACUGACCCUGAGCAAUACGAUGCCGCUGCUGCUGCAGGGUGUUGAUUUGGAGGAACCCUACGACGCCUAUGUGGAGCUAGUAUUUAUUUUGCUAUUCCACUAUCACAGCAAGCCGGAGCAAGUGCUGCAACUAUACGAGAAUCACCUAGAGAAGCACAGUGAUUAUAUGAAGAGUUGGCUGCCUGGCACCGGAAAGGAAAAACCGAAAAAACUUCCAUCUAUCUUGGCCGAUAAGUGGCCCCUUCUAAAACAGAUGCGCAAGGCAAUCAUAGAUGAGGACUCAAAGCCUUUCGAACAGCUAUUUAAGGUGGAGGUGGCUGACAAGAACUUCGAGCUGCAGCUGGGCGAGGGCCAGACUUUAUUGUUACACUUCAGCCUCAGCAAUCCGCGUCGCAACAUGAUGUACGUUCAGGAUCUUCUCUUCGUUUUCAGCCAACUUUUCACCAGCCAGCGAUUGAGUAAACUUCAAGCUGAACUCACGGCAAAUUAUUUGAUUAAGUUCCUGCAAAUUGCCACCCAGGUUGACGAUGGCAGGGAAGAGGUUCUGGAGGAGGAUGAGCAGCAGAAGGACGAAACGCACACUCAGAAUUUGCUUCACUACAUUUUCAGCAUUCGGCUGUGGGCAUUGCACCCCACUGAAAUGCUAAGUGAGACGAGCGAAUCUCGCUUGAACUAUGUUAUUUUCUUAAGGAAAUUGUCGGAGCAUUGUCGGACUUUACCUAGAUUCGAGAGCCAUGCUGCCAACUACCGAAUUCACUUGAUCAAGACCUUAGAUAUUGCUUUGGAUACAUCGGUGGAUCAACUGGAGCAUCAACAGCAACUCGUCGAGUUCGUGGCAUUAGUGGAUUCCUUUGAAUUGAACUCUAGUGAAUGCGUUCAGAUGCUGGACUUACUUACAAGCAAGGUGCAAGCUAAGGACUUUAUUCCGAAUGGUAGACCCAAUCAUUACUUUGACUUACUUUUACGCCUUCUAGAGCGACUUACCACGCUAAAGGAGCCAAUCGACUGCAAGCAGUCAUUCAAGGUUCUACUGACCUUCUACAAAGAUUUCUGCGAGCUAAGUGAACAGCAGCUGGAACCUUUGGAGGCAGCCAUUUUGCAGCUAUUGCUUAGUUACCAUCACCACCUGGAGGAGUGCGACAGCGAUUUCUUUGCCUGUUUCUUUACCGCCUCUCGGAAGCUGAGCAAAUCUGCCAUACGUCUGGCCAGUUUGCUACUGGAUCGUCAACCCCGAUUGGCCGAUAAAUUCGCAGAGCUACUGCCCAGCAACUUGGACCAGAAGGAGCUGGUGUAUCCCCUCCUGGAUAUUGCUUUGACCAAAAACUACCCACUACCUCAAGCUGUGCUUCAACGUUGCUAUCAGACAUACAAGAACGGAUUCAUGAAGAGCAUCGAAAAGCCUCAGAAGGCUGCCCUAAUCUACCGGGAGCAUGCGGAGGCCAGUGCCCUGCUUAUUGCCCUUUGCAUGCCCAAGUCCGAGUGCUUGGAUUACUGCCAGAAACAGCUUAAACUCGACUCCGUGGAGCUCUUCCAAGUGCGAGUUUUACGGGAGAUUUACUGGCAGGCCUUUGCUGCCGCCAAAGAUGAGAAGCAGAAAGCCAACGUCUUCGUAAACUACAUAAACCUCAAUGUUCAGCUGUUGGCGCUGGAUUUGAAGAAGCAGGCUUUGGACCUGCCCAAGCUGGAGCAAAUCUCCUGGAACUGUUUUGAAUGGUGGAAAGGAAAUCAGAACAAGGACUUACCUCUGGACUGGAGUCGUUUGCUGAAGAACCCGCAGUGGCUCAACUUUUGCAAGAGCUGCUUAAAGCUAGCCCUGCAUCUUGGUCCGGAACGACAGCCUCUUCAGGAUGAAACCAAUGGGCUUGUGCUCAAGCUGAUGGCCUUUUUGUGUGACGGAAUGUAUGAGGAUUACAACGAGGAAGUGCAGCAGGAGGAGGAUCCCACACCAGCACUUCUGUAUGAAAUGAUUUGCACUCAUUCCUGCUGCUUUGAUCAUCUAUUGGGCACCCAGAGUGAAACCAAAACACAUAUUUUGCAGCUCAUGGAGGCGUUGGCCAGAAAGGCACCCAGUGCCCUGCAAUCCGGCCACGUGCCUGUGAUCCUGGGCUCCUAUCAUGCCAAACUGUCUACUGCGGAUCGCUAUGGAUUGGCUCUGCUGGAGCACUACGAACGCUUCGACGUGGGUUUGGAUAAGUUUAGACCUUUUAUUUGGGGCGAAAGCGCUGUGGCCCACUAUGCUUUAAGAGCUGCGGACGACAAUGAGCGCGCACGGCUACAGCAGCAGGAGACGAACGUGGCCCAGGUGCUGGCCCUGAUUGUUCGGGAGACCAGCGAGUACACCAUUGAGAACUUCCCGAUUUGGAGGAGCCUGCAUGCCAGCCAACAACUGCCGUCCGUGGAGUUUAAAAAUCCCGCAAAGAAAUACCAAAGUUUCGGCGACAAUCUUCUGGAGCAAAUGGUGGAACAAGGCCAGGAAGAUUUCCCACAGGAGCUGCGGCGCAUCUGUCCGAAGCGCGAGAAAGUCUACGAGACCUGCUACGAUCCCGCAUUCCUGCUGCCCCUGAUGAUGCACUGCUUCGCACCGGAGUCUGUGGUGUGGGCCCGCUGGCCGGUGCAGAAUGGAUUGCUAGCUAUCACCUUUUGUGGGCUAUCCUCGCUGGACAAGGACAUGCGACUGGCUGCUGCCAGUUGCCAGCAACGCUAUCGCACCCACUUUGAGCUCUCCAAAUUCUACGAGCGUCCGCUGUGGACUCAGGCCUACGAAAACAUUCAGGCCGGUUUGAGCGAGCUGAGGAACUCCUGGCUGGCGCAGCGAAGAACGCACGGAGGAACGCCUAGGGUGCCCCUGAUCCCAGCUCUGUUCAUCGCCCACAGCUUCAAUCUGAGCACAGAUCCAACGCAUCUGUUGUAUAAACGACUCAUGAUGUAUCUGCGGCUGAAGCAGAGCUUCAACUUCCAGACGAUACCCGACUUCAAUGUGUUCUUCUACUCCCAGGAACCGGAGCACCAGCAGUACCGCGAGUUUAUUGUGGAGCUGCUGAGGUGCGGCAUCAAGUGCAGCGCCGAUCUCUUCCUGCUGGUAUCCACCAAUACGUUCAAGGUGCUGCUCGGAUUCUACGGCUCCAGCUUGGCAACUCUGGAAACGAACCUGCUGUUGCUAUCGGUGCUUUCUACUUGCGUUAAGAUCCCCGGAGCCGUGAAGAUCAUGCUGGAGCACGUAGGCAUCCUGUCCUGGCUGGUAGGCGUCAUACGCGACACGGAGUUCCAUCAGUUCGACAUCAUCGAGGGCGUCAUCAGCAUCAUCAACAAUCUGUGGUAUUCCCUGGCCGCCUCUCGCUCGGAACUGCUGGACUACGACCAUGUCCAGUUGCGAGUGCAUCGGCUGGUGCUGCAGUUGCUGCCUCUGCUUUCGCCACGGAUUUCUAUUCCCGGCCUGGGUCGCCUGCUCAACGUUUUAUGGAGAAGUGGCUCGGCCAGUGGCCAGCAUCGUGCCUUGUCCCCCGCCCAACUGGAUGUCCUGUUUGAGUGCAUCUCUCGGCACUGGCCGGAGCAGCUGGCGGGAGUGCGUUACGUGAGGAGCUUUGGCGGCUCUGGCGCUUGCUCGCGUGCCGAGUACUGCGACUGGCUGGCCAAGGAUCAACAGCUCGAGGCUCCUGCCGUCCUCGCGCUGUCCAGUCUGCGCGAGUACGUCAUAGAGUGGGCACGAGUCCACAAGACGGAGAGCGAGGAGGAAUCCAAGCCGCUGGCGGACUCAGCAGAGUAGGAAGUUUAGGUUUCGCUAUAGGUUAAGCUAUUGAAAUGUGUUUACCGUAUAGGCAUAAAGAGUCUUCGAUUUAUUAAAUUGUAUGCAAUGAAAUUUUAAA